CGUUGUACAUAUGUUUGCUUAUUUACUCUGCUUUGUCUUUCACAUCCUAUAUCUGGUAUGGUUUCUGAUUUUAUGGUUUCAUCACAGACAGCAUGCUCCAUCAAUCAUUUUCCUGGAUGAAAUUGACAGUAUCGGAUCUGCUCGAAUGGAAUCUGGGAGCGGCAAUGGUGACAGUGAGGUGCAGCGAACUAUGCUGGAGCUUCUAAAUCAGCUGGAUGGAUUUGAAGCAUCAAACAAGAUAAAGGUUUUGAUGGCUACAAAUCGGAUUGAUAUUCUGGAUCAAGCUCUCCUUCGGCCAGGACGAAUUGACAGGAAGAUUGAAUUUCCAAAUCCCAACGAAGAUUCACGUUGUGAUAUCUUGAAAAUCCAUUCAAGAAGGAUUAAUUUAAUGCGUGGGAUUGAUUUGAAGAAGAUAGCUGGGAAGAUGAAUGGUGCUUCUGGUGCAGAGCUCAAGUUAGUGGUGGGGUCAAAACUCAAAAGCAAAAAAGCGAACAACUUCUUCGAGUAGAAGUUGACUCACGAAGACGUAAACUUCAAGAGUUGUUGUUAUUCUGGUUGAGUUAGAUUGUUAAUGAAAAUGAAGCAAGGCAUGCAGCUGAUUGAUGGAAAUGGCAAGUUCAACGUGGAUGGACUCAAAGACUUCAUGACAGCCACUGAGUUCGCUCAGUCCGGUCUCUCCUAUGCUAUUGUUGCCAUCAUUGGCUCACAGAGUAGCGGGAAAAGCACCCUAAUGAAUCAGACCUUCCAUACCAAUUUCGAGGAGAUGGAUGCAUACAAAGGAAGAGGUCAAACAACCAAGGGCAUUUGGAUUGCAAAGUGUAGUGAUAUUGACCCUUUUACGAUUGCCAUGGAUUUCGAGGGAACCGACAGCAAUCAAAGAGGCGAGGAUGACAGAGCGUUUGAGAAACAAAGCACCUUAUUUGCCUUGGCAAUCGCUGACGUUGUUUUGAUAAACAUGUGGUACAAAGACAUUGGUCUGGAAAAUGCAGCCAGCAGACCCCUUUUAAGAACAGUUUUCCAGGUCAUGAAGCGUUUAUUCAAGCCCGGCAAAAAAACACUACUGUUUGUUCUACGUGAUCACUCAAAGACUACCCUUGAAUAUUUAAAGAAUGCUCUCUUAGAAGAUAUUGAGAAGAUUUGGGCUGCAGUUGAUGAGCCCGAGACUUUCAGCACUGCUCCUCUCGGAGAGUUUUUUAAUGUGGAGAUCACUGCUUUGCCUUACUAUGAAUUCCAAGAGAAGAAAUUUAAAGAGCAGGUUGCUCAACUGAGGCAGCGGUUUGUCCAUUCCAUUUAUCCAGGAGGUCUUGUUGGUGACAGGCAGGAAGUUGUAGCUGCUUCAGGAUUUCCUCUUCAUGCAGAAGAGAUUUGGAAAAAAAUAAAAGACAACAAGGAUUUAGAUCUUCCUGAUGUCAAGGUCAUGGUUGCCACUGUUCGAUGUGAAGAGAUUGCCGGGGGGAAGCUCAAAUGCUUUACAUCCGAUAAGGAAUGGUUGAAAAUGAAGGAAGCUGUUCAAGCUGGACCAGAAUCAGGGUUUGGAAAAACUGUCAGUUCUAUUUUGGAAAACUAUCUUUCAGAAUAUGACAGGGAGGUAGUCUAUUUUGAUCAAGAAGUACGAAAUGACAAACGGCGACAGUUGCUGUCAAAUGCGUUGAUGGUGGUACACGAUGCCUAUAAUACCAUGCUGAUGCAUUUGUAUUCAAACACAGUUAAUAGGUUUAAAACUAGCCUGGAACAGUCACUGAAUGAAGGACAAGAAUAUGUUGCUGCUAUUCAUCUCUGUUCCCAAUCGUGCAUGCUCGAGUUUGAUCAAGGAUGUGAAGAUGCUGCCAUUCAACAGAGUGAGUGGAAUGCUUCAAAAUUCCGGGAAAAACUUAUAUGCAAUAUGUUGUCAGAAAUGCUGGCAAGUUACGAGAAACAAAUAACCCAUGCGCUUGCCAAAAGAGUAGAAUCCAUAUUGGAAGCUGGUGAAAGAGAUACAUGGGCAUCAAUAAGAGAUGUUUUUGAGUGCAACACUAAGGAAGCUAUAUCAGAGUUUUCAGAUGCUGCUGUUAGUUUCAAUUUGAACAGUUCUGAAAUAGACACUAAAUUGCAACAUUUGAGGGAGCAUGCCAGUAAUUUAGUGGAGAUGAAGCCAAGAGAAGCAGCAGAUGCAGGGAGAGUUCUGAGGCGCAUGAAGGAUAGAACUGUUCCUGAUCCAUCUUUGCAAAAUACGCUCAUGGGAGCUAAACUGGACCCCCUUGCCUCAGACACAUUGGAAGAGGUUUCUCCAGAAGCUACCACUCUCCUUAAACCAGAGGACUGCAAAUCAUUGUGGAUGAAUUUCAUAGAAAAGAUAAAGCCUAUGAUGACCGGAGCUAGAUCCCGCCAGGAUGGUCACAGGAAAACUGGAAGCUAUGCAGCUACUGCUGUUGCUGUUGUUGCUGCUGCUGCUGCUGCUGCUGCAAUUGUUGCUGCUGCUGCUGCUGCAAUUGCUGCAGCAGUUGCUGCUGGUGGGGCUGCUGCGGCAGUAGCUGGGGCCGUGGUGGGGCUGCUGCGGCAGUAGCUGGGGCUGCCGCAGUGUUAAAUGCAGGGGUUACGACUUUCAUGAGAGUGAUGAGGCUGUGACAACAGUAAUAAUGACAAAUCCACACUUGUGGACAGUUUAUAUUUGUGUGUCCGACUAUCCAUGCAACAUGUUAUGGUGAAUCUGAUGAAAGAAGUUUGUUUGUAAUUUGAUAAGUCGUACUAGUAAUAAUAUCAUCAGUUUCUACAAA